AUGGCGAACAACCUCCUCGCCACAUUCCUCGCUGCCGCCCAGGCAAGCUCCUCGGUUCUCCUGGUUGCCGUAUACGGCAUCCUGGCCGGGGAGCUCAAUAUCCUCGACGCGCCUGCCACCAAGAAAAUCAGCGCGCUUUGCGUGCGCAUGGCUCUACCUGCUUUGCUGGUGACUAGACUUGGUGGCGAGCUUGAACAGGACACGUGGAUGAGAUAUAUACCAGUGUUCGCUUGGGCCUUGUUCUACAAUGUCCUGUCUCUAUGUCUUGGCAUGUCAGCUGUCAAGCUAUUCAAGCUUCCGAGAUGGCUGCCGGUCACUAUCGCAUUCAACAACACUACAAGCCUGCCGCUGCUCUUGACACGAGCUCUGGAGUCUACUGGCGUUUUCGAAAGGCUUCUGGUUGGAGACGAUACCAGCGCUGCAGCCAUCACCCGAGCUCAGUCGUAUUUUCUUGUCAACUCGAUGGUCGGCAACUGCCUGACUUUCGCGAUCGGUCCACGGCUGAUGCGCCCACCGGAGCCUUCUACUACGGGUGUGGUGAGACGAAAGAGUCACUCGGACUCCGAUAGCGAGGAUGGGUCGCCCCUGAGAGAAAGCUCCAGGGAACGCGCAUCCACAGAACGCGCAUCGCUUCUACCAGGAUCCGGGCACCAACUUGAAGCCGAAAGCACUAAUCAACCACCCAGAAUGACGAAAGAGAAGGUGUUGCGUCACCUCCGCGAUUUCUUUAACGAGCCCACAAUCGGAGCCAUCAUUGGACUCAUUCUCGGCGUCACGCCCAGCCUUCACCGAAGCUUCUUCGCGUCGACCUCUGAGGGAGGUCUAUUCACUGCCUGGCUAACAGCCUCACUCGUCAGCCUCGGGCAGUCCUUCGUGCCCCUGCAAGUCAUCGUCGUUGGCUUCACACUCUCCGCCUCUUUCCACCAAGGACACUUCUCCCGGAACCAACAACACCGACAAGGCUUCCUCAAACGGUUCGGACCGACACUAGUAGUUCUUCUUAUAAGGUUCGCCAUCUGGCCGCUCGUCUCCCUGGUCUCAAUCUACUUGCUCGCCACUUACACCAACAUCCUCUCUCAGGAUCCGGUCCUCUGGUUCACAAUGAUUCUGAUGCCAGCCGGACCCCCAGCCAUGAAACUGAUCGCCAUGGCAAAUGUGGGAGAUGCCGAAGAAUCUGCCAAGAUCAGCGUGGCUCGUAUAUUGGCCAUCGCCUACAUCUGUGUGCCUUUACUGAGCUUCAGCGUUGUGGGCGCCUUGAAUGCUGUUGAGAAAGCCAUGAGAGUGACUGGACGGACAUCCUGA